UUCAAAUCAUUAUUGAAAAAGAGUUAAUUAAACAUUGAAUUUGAAGCAUUCAUUUGUUAGUUUUAAUUUGUGUGUUUCAUCAUUGGAAAUAUAUUUUGACUUGUCAUUGGAAAAGAUUAAUUGUUUGUUUUGAUUAGCGAUGGCUAAAGCAAAAUCAAGGUCUAAAAGAGCCGCUGGAAGUAAAGUUAAACGUCGUAAGCGACGAGGAAGCCGAGUUCAUCAUAAAGUCAAGAAAGACCCAAACGCACCUAAAAGACCUUUAUCUGCCUUCUUCUGGUUCAGUAAAGAGUUUCGCUCUAAAAUUAAGUCCGAAAUAUCUGAUGGUGGGGUUACUGAAGUAGCCAAAGAGCUUGGUAAACGUUGGGCCAAAAUGGAUGAAAAAGCCAAAGCUAAAUACGUUAGCCUUGCGGAUAAAGAUAAAGAGCGAUAUGAAAGAGAAUCUGCUGGUUACAAAGGAAAGAAAUCUAAAGUAAUGAAGUCGAAAUCAAAAAUGCGAAAACCCUCCAAAAAGAUGGAAUCAGAACACGAAUGACCGUCAAUUCUGGAAUCAAUGAAAGAGAAAUAUUUUGUCACAGAUAUUUACUCAUGAGAAAUUAAAGAAAUUUGAUUAAAA